AUGCUGGCGGCACAUCGCGACCAGGAAAACCUGGUUCACAGUCACCAGGUUCCAACGAAGAGCGGUGGCUCGAAGCACUUUGCCCCCAAAACACCCGGGGCGCGAUAUCCGAAGACGCCUUUGAAGGUGCCGCUGAAUGACGAGAAUGGCCCUCACAUCACAGGGGGCAAAGCUCUCCUGGGAACCGGCCGGAAUACCCUUGGAAAGAAGCAGGCUCUGGCAACUCCAAUCGGAACUCGGCCCCGAGCACCCUUGGGAAACAAAACCACCAACGCGAAGGCGCGCGCGGCUCCUCCAACCGGAACCGUUAAGGGCAUAGUUCAGGAAUUUGAGAAGAGCCAGAUCAAGCAGCCGAGCAUCCAGAAGCCGAAGCCAAAGCCUGCAAGUGUCUCCCCGUUGAAGUUCGCAGUCAGAAGCGACGAACAGCAGUCCGACGACCUUGAUAUUGAAUACGCGCCACCGAAGCCUCAAGACCUGCCUUACGAGUCGGAUGUUUUUCCGGACGGCGUCUUGACAUUUGAAGGGUUGAAGCCUGAGAACUUGCUCAAGGGCUACUAUGAACGGUACCAUGACCCCGUGGACGAGAAUGGAAUCCGACUCAAGGACAAGAGAUUUGAAGAAAAUCUUCAAAAGGCGCUCAAGAAAGGCGAUGAAAGGAUCCUUCGAGAUAUUGAAAACACAGACUGGUCGGUCUCGGACGUACCCGAAACGAAGCAUAUGGCUCGACCACAAAAAUCUGAGCAGACUAGGCCGCUCGGUCGCACAUCUGCGCAACACCCCCAAACACUUAACUCCCGACGUGCUGCGAGCGCCCUAUCCAUGGCCUCCACCGUCAGAGAGAGAAAGCCUCGACCAGCUCUCACAACAGUGACACAGGCGAAGAAGCCGACUUCUUUCUUGCCGUCUGGACGCAAAGUCUCGAAGCCGAUCGAGCCUACCAAGUCUCUUCCGGAGAGUGCCAUUGGGGAGGCCGUAUCGAGGAGCACGUUGGGGUACUCGAAGGGCCGCUCCGCAUCCUCGGCGAUCAGGGCCCGACAAACGCUCGCCCGCUCGGUAUCCGGAGCAUCAGUCUCAUCAGACAGCUCCGAUGCGACCAUUACCCCUGCCAACUUCCGCAAGACUCAGGAGGCAAAGGCAAGCCAAUGUGACCAAUGGCCUCAGCCCCAGUUCCUCAAUAUCUUCGAUGUUAAUGCGGAGUCUGAUGAUGACGCCCAUACUCCCAACUUCGACAAUAUUGUUGAUGAAUUCGAGGACUUCCAACUUAAGCUGGAUGAUAACUGA